GGAAGUUCAGUCGAGUGUGGUUGCGCGAAGUCAGAACGUCAUAAGUCAGCAGUCAGAGUCAGCAGUCAGUCUUUCAAUAUGCAGGUGCCGCUUAGCGAUGUCCAGGUCCUGCACGAUCCUGCCGAUGCCGAGACCAUAGUCGGUAAUGCUGGCGGUGACCAGGAGGAGACCUUCGCCCACAUGAAAGAGUGGAAGCGUCAGUACAUGAGGGGCAUCUCGCACACGCCCUCCCAGGCUGGAGUCUAUUACGAGACCCUCAAAGGAUCUAGCCACUCGUUGGCCAAGGGAUCUCGCAAUUUUCGCCCUGGAAGCAUGCGGCGAGUGCGCAGAAGGGCCGUGUUCAAGAACGGUGACUGCAAUGUGGUGCAGAAGCACCUUCAGAGAAGGCGGGUCCGUUUUCUGCAGGACAUGUACACAACGAUGGUGGACUGGCAGUGGCGGUGGACGCUGCUAGCCUUUGCGCUGAGCUUCAUACUCUCGUGGUUGUUCUUUGCGCUCAUCUGGUGGCUGAUCAUCUACACACACGGGGAUCUGGAGGAGCUGCACAUGCCGGACAAUCAAGAGGAGUCUGGAUGGGCGCCUUGUGUGUCGGCCAUUGAUGGCUUCACCUCCUGCUUUUUGUUCUCCAUUGAGACGCAGCACACAAUUGGCUACGGCGUGCGGACCACUUCUCCCGAGUGUCCCGAGGCCAUAUUCAUGAUGUGCUUCCAGUCCAUCUAUGGCGUGAUGUCCUCGGCCUUCAUGGCGGGCAUGGUCUUUGCCAAGAUGACCCGGGCAAAGCAGCGCGCCCAGACGCUGUUAUUCUCCAAGCAGGCCGUCAUCUGCCAGCGCGACGGCUGCCUAUCGCUGAUGUUCCGGGUGGGUGACAUGCGGAAGUCCCACAUCAUCGGCGCCGCCGUCAGAGCCCAGCUGAUUCGCACGAAGAGCACCAAGGAGGGCGAGGUGAUGACGCAGUACUUCACGGAGCUUGAAAUCGGCAGCGACGACUCGGGCUCUGAUUUGUUCUUCAUGAUCAUCGAGCACAAGAUCGACGAGAAUUCGCCGCUGUAUAAUCUGAAUGCUACUGACAUGCUGCAGGAUAGGUUCGAGAUUGUGGUCAUACUCGAGGGGACGGUGGAGUCGACGGGCCAGUCCACCCAGGCCAGAUCGAGUUAUAUCAACACCGAGAUCCUGUGGGGCCACCGUUUCGAUCCUGUAGUGCUGUACAACAAGGAUCUGCAGGCUUAUGAGAUCGACUAUGGUCGCUUCAACGAGACCACUCAGGUGGACACGCCCCUGUGCAGCGCUCGUGAGCUGAACGAGAUCUACAAGAUCCAGGAGGGCUUCCGCACACCAGAAACCACCUUCACCAUGCGUCAGCUGUCCCACAACCAUUCCGAUCAGGCUUCCUAGAGCUCACGUCCAGUGUCUUGUAUUUCCAUGUUAUGUUGCUAUAGUUUGUAAUCUCUGUCUCUGUUCUAUCUUCCCCCACGAUCCGUUCGAGGCACUCUAGUUCCAGUUCCGGCUACCAGUCGCCCCAGGACCGUCGUCUGCGCUGGCAGCUCUCGGUGCCCUUGUAGAGGCUCCACUCCACUCUAUCGACACUUAAGGCAAAGCUAAACUGCUCUUACCCAUACGAAAAUAAGUUAAUAAACGCUCGAGUCCAAAUUGCA